GCAUCUUGUCUGAAAUCUCUUGGAUCAAAUCAUUCUUGAAUGCUAAGCAGCGCACAGUCUGUUGUUUUGUUGUCCAUGUUGCUAAGCGACCAUCAGCAAGUCAAAGGCUGAGAGAAAAGACAAAUCCCGAAAGAAAAUGAGACGUGGUUGAGGGCAGAAAAUUGUGAGUUUUAACAACGAAUCUCUGGUGCUUCUGUGGACCAAGGUUCAGUGUUUGUGAAGGCAAAAUGUGGGACACGAGGUCUCUCGAGAAGAUGGUGAACAGGACGACUCUGAGCACACAGAGAGUGCUCCACACACACAUUCUGGAACUAGGAGAACGGCUGUGUCCGUGGUCAUCUCCCGACGCUAGAACAGACAACCACCUAAAAUUGGCUCCAAACUUGGUCAAUUCCCGACCUGCGAUUGGACGGGAACAGCCCGACGCCCCCGUCGUGGAGGAAUUCAAGCAGUUGGCAGAGGAGGAGAAACGUGCUGCCCUUAAACUCCAAGAGGAGAGUCUGCAGGCCCGGUUUCGGGAGGCCCUGCGAGCGAGGGACAGGCUGGAGGCUGAAAUGAGGCGAGAGCUUCAGGCCGAGCUUCAGGCCCAGUUCAGAGCUCGUUGUGAAGGCCUGAAGGCUCAGAUGGAGGAAGAGAAGGUCCAGGCCGUAGGGGAAGCCUGUGGGAAGCUGCGAGAACAGCUGAACAAAGAGGCAGAGGAGACCAGAGAGACAAUAAUACAAACCGUACGAGAAGAGACUCAGGAGUGUGUGAGGAGGUGUGUGCAGGACGCCGAGAGAAGUGUUCGUGAGGAGUGUGACAUGAAAGCAGAAGGAGAGAAACGGCUCCUACAGGACAGGCAUGAACGAGAGAUAUCCGAGCUACAAAACAGGCUCCAGCAGCUGCGAGACAGUCUGGAGCAGGCCUGCAGGGAGAGCACUCACUAUGAAGCCGAGUUUAAGAAGGUGCAGGCGAGCUACAUGCGGUUCGUGGACCUGACCGACUCCUCCCUCCACUCGGAUUACCUGCUGAAACCCCGCAGGCUGGGGAGAGAGCCAGGACUCGUGGACACUGCGACACAGACCGAUGAUGAGAUCCCCCCUCCUCUGUGAUCUGCGCACAGUGUCUGUCUGGGUAUUUAACAGUGUCCCGCAGUGAGACUUUGUCUUUAAGCAUCGUUUUCCAAUUAUAUCGUACUUUGAAUAUGUAUUUGAUGCACCACAGGUUUAAGUGAACUACAAAAGCUUCUUCUGUUGAACACACAAGAGGAUAUUUUGAAGAAUGUUGAUAAUCAGACAGACGAUAUCCGUCGAUUUUCAUAGUAGGGAAAAAAUACUUCAAAAUCCAUUCUUCAAAAUCCCUUUUGUGUUCAACAGAAUAAACUACAGGUUUGGAACAACAUAAUGAUGAGUAAAGGACGACAGCAUUUUCAAUUUCGGGUGAUAUGUCACUUUUAAAAAAUUAUGAAAACCUUUACUCACUUGCCUUAAUAAUGUAUCCUCCUUGGUCCCGAGAUAGGAAACUUUACUUUCCCUUUAGUUAGUUAUGACACAUGUUAACUGUUGCAUAUUAAAUUAAAAAAACAUGUAAUUGGUUUGUAAGUAAGUAACUAAAAUUUAUUUAUAUAGCACAUUUCACAGAAAAAAAUCACAAAGUGCUUCACAAUAAAAGAGGAAUACACAACAUCAAUAAAACAUGAUCCAAGUAACCAAUGCAAAUAUAGCCUACAUAUAUAUAUAUAUAUAUAUAUAUAUACACACACACAUAUAUAUACAUACAGUAUAUACCCAUGCAUACACAUACACAUGUACAGUAUAUACAAACCCAAACAAACAGAAAUACACAUCAGACCGGCUAAACGCCCUAGUCUGUGUACUUUUGAAAAUGAAAUACAAACAUAUCAUAUCAUAAUGUUUUCAAAAGGGUGUACAGCACAUACUGUUGAACUAACAUGUUUAUCAGAUCAAAUAUUGAUAUAUAAUUAUGCAUAUUUAAUACCCUAAUUAGUCUUUUUUACAUUAGAGUGUGAUUGACACUACUGAUGAACAACACAUCAAAUAUGUAAUAAUUUCCUGGAGCAGCUUACAUUGUUUUUGUUAGUCAUAUUUUAAUAACAUUAAGAUACAAUGUGACUAAUGUUACUCACUGAAUCCAAAUGACAUCAAAAUUUCACUUGAAAUUGUUGUAUAAAGAAUACUUAAUUGCCUUUUUUUCUAUGAUUAUAAAUAUGCACAAAUAUUACAGAAAAAACUACAACGUAUAAGUAAAUGUAAACAAAUGUAUCUUUUUACUAGACAUUAAAAUGCCUGUUAUUUAUCAACUGCUCUAUAUAUGAAUAAAUGAAUGUAAUGGCGCUAAAACAAAACAAAAAAAUGACAUGGAUGGAUUGAUCGUUUUUUUUUUUUUAGUUGUGUUA